UUUUGACCUUUUCAGAGCAGGCUUUUCCAUUCGCGUAAAUGCCGUAGGUAAAUAAAAGUAAUAUGCUUGAGAAAGUUUAUAGGCUGUCUGGUCUAGACGUCCCGCCUAACAUCGUCUCGCUUGACACUACACAGAACACGUCGGUAGCAAAACUUUGAAUUUUGUAAUUGACGUCGCUCGCUCUAAAAUAAAGCGCUGGAGACGUUCCAUUACUUACAGUUUGAUAACUAUGAAAUUUAGGUUCAGCAUUUACAUAAGACAUUUUGAAUUUCGUGUCCCUACGAAAUAUGGAGACGAAAUAGGUAGUUAGGAACUUUUAUAUACCUAAAUUCCUGCUGGAACUACUUUAAAAGUUUUGUUAGAACUGUAAGUUAUCGGAAAACAUCAUAAGGAAACCUGGAUUAUUGGAUUAGAGAUGGUGAUUUUAUUCACAUUUAAAAGUUUAUGGGAGCAUUGAUAAGCUUGUGAAAACAUGGUAAACACUAUCAUAUUUUUUAUCUAUGAUAUAUUUUGAAACAAUGCCACCGAAGUAUUGUUAUAUAUAUUUUGAACAUUUCAACAAAAAAUAAAUGCGAUGCUCCCCCUUUCCUGCUUGUAGGCACGAACACCAAUGGCUGCAUAGCGUUGUAGAGGUACCUACUGUGUACAAGUUGUUAGGCAAGAAGUUACCAACUGCCGGCUAACAAUAUCACAAACGUCAGAGCUUCUAAAACAGUUACCUAACUUACGUUUCCGAUUGCAUGACAUCAAAGGAUUGAAUAAACUUCCUUCACCGUGACUUUUGAUUAUAAAAUUGUUAUUAAUAAUUCCUUUUUAUUGCUUGAUCGAUUCCAUUCAUCACCAGAGCAACAUUCUGCAUAAGGAACUCGAAGGGUCGGAGUUUAUCUAGUAGUUUCGAACUCUUGCAAGAAUACAGUUGACAAAACGUCCCAAAACGUAGAAUUAUAAAGAGUUUAAUUAAAUAUGGAGGCCCCAGCUCCCGCUCCGGCCAAUAUAGGUGGUCGCCGCGAGCCUUCUACUGAUCCUGUUAAGGCUCAGGGAAUAUUGAAUUCAGUUAUGCGCAAAUCGAAAUCCGCUGCGAAGCUCUGGCCACAGAGGUGGUAUUUUUAUAGCAAAAUAAGAGAAAUACAAGAAGAAGAAGCUGAGAAAGUCGGCAUGACUGUGGGAGAAUAUCGUGCGGCUCUGCAGUCACACAGCAGUCAACUUGAGCCCCAGCAGUACCCGGUGACAGUAGACCCAUCGCCAUCUCCUUUACCGCCCACCUCGGCAGCUAUGAUCGGGCGUCGCGCGCAGUGUCCUCUGGAGCGAUUCGGACGUCUGGUGAAAACCGACCGAGAUUAUCCGCUACGCCCACCAUUACGACCCGGACAAAUUUACGAUCCUUACAAGCAGACUGUUGUAUUCUUAGGGAGCGUGGAUGGUGACCCGAUAUCGUACAAGUUGCCGCCGUCCCGGUGCGAGAUGACAGACGAGAUGUGGGCGCGCCCGCAGCAGCUGACUGUGUCGCCGCUCGGGUGGGACAACUUGGAGCGAAUCAUGAAUGAGACUGAAUAACUUCCUUAUCUUAAUCACGAACACUUAUUACACACUACGCUAUUUUUAUGAAAAAGUUUUUAUACUAACGGUAACUUUUUACAAGCUUUUUUAUAAUGAAUAACUUCCCACAAACAUUUUUGUCUAAAAUUAUCGACCCCAAAAUUAGUGCACAUUUAAACCUUUAAGACACAACUUUGUAUACGAUAAUUAUGAUAUCUAUAGUUCAUAAUCUUCUUAACCUAUUUUCUUAUGUAAACUUUUUCAAGAACUCUGCCCAUUCACCAUACCCUUUGAUUAUCAUCGAAUAUUAUUCAUGACAGAUAUCGAUAAAAUAUUACUUCUUUUCUACUUAUAAACUAAUGUACGCAGAUCAUAAUUUAGUUAUAAGCGAUUAACAAAUAAACGGAAACAAAUUAAAUAUGAUAAAUGACAUUUAUUUCACAUCAUAUGUGUCCAUGUCGUUUAGUGGCGGCGAUCGGCGGCAACUGUGAGACUAUGUUCUCUGGUAACACUUCCAGCGUCACGGCUUCAUCUGUGUCCAGCCAGUGGAAGUCAGCCAAAUACUAGAACAAAAAGUCUUACAUUAAGAUUGUGUGAAAAAAGCAGGACUUCAGAAAAUACUUUGAAAUAAAAAUAUUAAUCGCCUAAUA